AAAGAAGAAUACAUAAACCCUCCCAAUAGAGAGUCAGAGAGGCGCGCAUACACGCUCUCGAGUCUCAAGCCGCAGGAAAAUGUGGCGGAGCAUAGACGUCCACCUGAGAGCUUUGCGUCUCUUCCCCUCCUCCACACAACCCUCCUUCUUGCUCAAACCCAUCUGUACAGUCCUCACUGUUAACCCAAGGCCUCAUGCUCUCUCCGUCCCCCAAAACCUAAUUUUUCGUACCAUCUUCAGCCCUGCCAUCUCCUCGAUCACCCCCGGCCUCGGCGCCCGCGGUUUCGGUUCCAAUUUUGGUUUCAUUGUCGUGCGGUGCGUUUCCUCGGUCUCUUCAGCGCCCACGUUGGAGUGGAACGAGCCAGUGUUGUGCUGCGAGGUCGGUGACGGCAAUAAUGAGAGCGUGGAGGAGGAUAAUAAGCCCUCUAUUCCCGUCAGAGCCUUUUUCUUCUCUACUAGUGUGGAUUUGCGAAGCUUAGUGGAGCAGAACAAACCCAACUUUAUCCCACCAACAUCGCGAAUGACCAAUUAUGUCGUUCUUAAGUUUGGCAAUCUUUCUCAGAUCAAUGGUUUGGGUACUUCCUUGAGUGGAAGUAACUGCUGUUACAUGGUAGUUUUUCAGUAUGGCUCCAUUGUCUUGUUUAAUGUCCGUGAGGAGGAUGUAGAUGGAUUUUUGAAACUUGCACAAAAACAUGCAUCAGGAUUGCUACCUGAAAUGAGAAAGGAUGAGUAUGAGGUGAGAGAGAAGCCAACUUUGAACACGUGGAUGGAAGGUGGAUUAGAUUACAUUAUGUUGCAGUACCUGAAUAUUGAUGGGAUCCGGACGAUUGGAAGUGUUCUUGGUCAAAGCAUUGCCCUUGAUUACUAUGGACGCCAGGUUGAUGGAAUGGUUGCAGAGUUUACUGAUAUAAAUCGUGAGAUGGAAACUACUGGAAAGUUUGAAAUGAAGAGGAAAAAACUGUUUCAGUUAGUGGGAAAGGCAAAUUCUAAUCUUGCUGAUGUCAUUCUUAAACUUGGGCUUUUUGAGAGGUCUGACAUUGCCUGGAAGGAUGCAAAAUAUGCUCAGAUAUGGGAAUAUCUUAGAGAUGAAUUCGAAUUGACUCAGAGAUUUGCAAGUCUUGAUUUUAAGCUGAAGUUUGUGGAGCACAAUAUCCGCUUCCUUCAAGAAAUUCUCCAAAAUAGAAAAUCAGAUUUUCUAGAAUGGCUCAUCAUCGCACUGAUAAGUGCUGAAAUACUUGUAUCUGUUUAUGACAUAGCCCACCGGUCAGCAAUUAAUCUUUAGCACUAAUUUCCAGUUAUGUCAGAGGUCAUACAUUGCACUGUCUUAGUUGGGGUUUGGAUGGUAAAGAGAUAGAUGAGAUGGUCGUAGAUAAAAGUUAAAAGUUAAAUAAAAUAUUGUUAAAAUAUUA